AUGUCAAACGAUUUGGAUUUUAGCAUUACAGUCAACGAAAUCACCGAAAAGGCGGCUGCCAUACGUGAUCCACAAUUAGUUGUUAUUAUCGAAAAGUGGGUGGCCAAACUUGUGUCCGAUCCACGUGGACUAAAUGAACUCAAUCAUUUAAAACUCUUAAAGCAUAUGAUAUCUAAUAAUAGGAUAGGGCCACCUUUUAUACGGAUGCCACCCGUUGGCAAGUUAUUGCCUUUGAGCAGAUAUGUCAAUCGACUUUGUAGUAGACCAUUACCGUGGACACGAUUUUCUGACACCGGCGAUUGGAAAAUUACUUCAUACAGUAGAGCGGUACAAACGGCGAACGAUGCCCAAUUGUCGACAACGACAUCUUUACCAAAAAGUGAUGGUCAUUUAUCAGGAGGCGGUUGUUCAUGUGGCGGUAAAACUAAAGUUCAACCACUACCUGUAAAUGAUAACGAUGUGUGUAAUCCGUGUUUGGACAGUGUACUGCAAAACGCAGAAAAGAUGUGUUUAAAUUUUGCAGACGAUUACAAGGAUUUACUGGAUGAGUGUCUAAUACCCAUGUUCACCGAUGCCGAACGUAAAGCAGCUGGAACAGAAUUAUUAGCCGUUUUAAAAAAAGUAAACUCUUCAACUACUCUUCAAGAUUUUUAUUUUCAGGUAUCACAAUUAACAUGUGAUAAAGGGGAGAUGCUCAUGAAAGUUGCAAAUAAUAUGAUAGCUGAUUUCGAAGUUUUUGUGGCUGAUGUUUUUGAAAGUAGAGCACAACAUAUAAGCGAUGGAUUAGCAAAAGAACAGUUAGCCAUUAAUGAAAAGUACACAUUCCUUUGUCGACGUACACUGAACCGAGCUACGAUGGCAAUGGAUUAUCUGAAGGCAGCGAUACCAACGUUCAAUUGGGAAAAGUAUCAAGCUGAUCCAAAUAUGUUUAUGCAUAAAGCGAUAGCUACUCAUUUCGAAUUUGGAAGUAAAAGUGGACCAGCUGGAGAUGACGAAUUACAAUCGCAGAUGACUGAUGAAGAAGACGAUGAUCCUCAUCAUACAACCAACAAAAAGUUGUUGUACAAGCUAAAUUGGUUGCGCACUGAAGUUAAUCGAUCAGAUUGUGAAUGUCAAGCUAUGUAUGAACAACAAAAAUGCUUAACAAAUAGCUUGUCUGAAUAUAACGCUAAACUAUCCUCUAUCCAAUGCAAAUCUUCUGUUGAAAUCGGACGACUUAAGGACGAACUGACGUUGCUAAGGCAACAGUCAUCCAACCAAUCCAUUACCAUAGACCGACUUAUGGGAACAAUACAAUUGGCAAUGAAAAAUAAAUCUGUUGAAGGCACAGUUAAUAGCUCAUGA